AUGGUGCCCUCAAGACAAGCCGCGAUACCCCGUCCCUCAGCCAGUUUGGUUGUAGUAAACGAACGAAACGAAGUCUUGAUGGUCCACAGAAAUCCCAAAGCAAGUUCCUUUGGAGGGAUGCAUGUGUUUCCUGGUGGAAAUUUGGAUAAGAAUCAAGAUGAUUCCCUGGCAAUGACAGCUAUACGCGAAACAUUUGAAGAAUCGGGUUUACUGUUGGCUUCAGGUGAACUGCCGAGUGAUUCGUUAUUAGAUGAGGCACGCCAUGCUAUACACAAGCAGACACUGCAAUUUCAGCAGUUUCUCUCUUCUCAGAGCCUCAAAGCCGAUGUAGGUUCACUGUUGCCGUUUACCCAAUGGAUAACCCCAGUCGGACCUCCAAAACGUUUUCAUACCCAAUUCUUUGUCGCAUUUUUGCCAAAGGCGCCCUCAUCGGGCUUCUCACGGGGAGCCAAACAGGAAAGGAUACCAAAGCAUGAUGGUGGCCAGGAAGUCAUUGAAGCGCGUUUCUUACAUCCCAAGCAAGCAUUGGAUGAAUGCCGCGAAGGCAAAAUAAGUGUCAUGCCCCCUCAGUACUAUAUUCUGUCGACUUUGGCGGAUAUCUUGGAGGGCCCCAUUAACAACGCUGAACAGCGAGCGAAAGUUAAAGAAUUAUCCGAAGGCCUGUUCGGACGUAUGCUUAUUAACCCUCUCAAAUUUGGCGAAGAUUCCAGCGGUAGAUCGAUUCUAACAUAUGAGGGCGACGAGACAAGAGGUGGUUCCAAAGGCCGCCUGCAUCGGGCACUUGUAAAGCUUAACAUCGGAUCGGCCACUGAGAUCUCAUUGAUACGUAAUUUUGAUAUUUUCUCGGAGAUCGAAGCUAAGGCAUUUGGGCACUUGGACGCGAAACUCUAG